AUGAACCGCAGCCACCGGAACGGGGCGGGCAGCGGCUGCCUGGGCACCAUGGAGGUGAAGAGUAAGUUUGGAGCUGAAUUUCGUCGUUUUUCACUGGAGAGAUCAAAACCUGGAAAAUUCGAAGAGUUUUAUGGAUUACUGCAGCAUGUUCAUAAGAUCCCCACUGUUGACGUUUUAGUUGCUUACACUGACAUCCAUGGAGACUUACUACCUAUCAAUAAUGACGACAAUUACCACAAGGCUGUGUCGACAGCCAACCCACUGCUGAGAAUUUUUAUUCAAAAGAAGGAAGAAGCAGACUACAGUGUCUUUGGUACAGACCCACUAACAAAGAAGAAAAAUGUGUUAAGUAAUGUAUUACGUCCUGACAACCACAGAAAAAAGCCUCAUAUUGUCAUUAGCAUGCCCCAAGACUUCCGACCUGUGUCUUCCAUCAUUGAUGUGGACAUACUUCCAGAAACACAUCGGAGAGUCCGUCUGUACAAAUACGGCAUUGAGAAACCGCUGGGAUUCUACAUCCGGGAUGGGUCCAGGGUCAGGGUGACGCCACAUGGGUUAGAGAAAGUCCCUGGGAUCUUCAUAUCCAGGCUGGUCCCAGGAGGUCUGGCACAAAGCACGGGACUGUUGGCAGUUAACGAUGAAGUCUUAGAAGUCAAUGGCAUAGAAGUUUCAGGGAAGAGUCUUGAUCAAGUAACAGACAUGAUGAUCGCAAACAGCCGCAACCUCAUCAUAACCGUGAGACCCGCAAACCAGAGAAAUAACGUUGUCAGGAACAGUCGGACUUCAGGCAGCUCCGGCCAGUCUGCUGACACCAGCCUUCUAAACUACUCGCAGCAGAUAGAGCCCAGCUUCGGGCUGGAGGAUGAAGACAGCGACGAAGACGUUAUUCUUGACGGUAACGGAGUGCCACAGCAUAGUCCCACAGCAGUUCCCACUGCGGAGAGCCUGGAAUCAUUGACACAGAUAGAACUCCGUUUCGAGCCUGGACAGAACGGUUGUAUUCCUUCUCAGCACAUGAACUUGGCACGCCUAGCAAGUAGUAGUACAAACACAGAAUUGGAAACAUAUGCUCCAGAUCAAAACCUGUUAGAAGAAGAUGGAACGAUCAUUACGUUAUGA